CGAUCUGGGAAAUAAUUGUAUGAAGCCAUUGAAAAUCAAGAUCACUUUGAUACCGUUGAAGGAAUUCUUUGCCACCGCUACCUUUUACAAACCACCUCAAAAUGUCUUGGCUGCUAGUUUUUUCCGUCCUCGCCAGCGGUUGCGCCUCUGAGCUCUUCAGCCCAGACAACCACUCGACGUAUCUCAACACUCGCGUCCCAUCCCUCUACAACCUAACCGUCGACCAAACAAGCGGCUCUUACUGGACAUCCGCCUUCCUCACAACAACCACAGGAACCCAAUACCUCGCCCUCUCCCACAUCCUCGGUCCAAUCUGCAAGUCCUCCCUCCUGAACCUCGACACCCUCGAGUACAAGAACCAUCUCGAAUAUGGGGCAACCUCCCAGAACUCUUCCGCCAGCACUUCCCAAAAUGCAGCCGCCUCUCUCUCUACAGGCACCGGCUUUCAAAUCUCUGCCGGAAAUGGAGUUUGCGCCCUAGGCUCCACCUCAGCAGACCUCAUCUCAGAAAUGUACACCACCGGCUCGACCCCAGACUACGCAUACAACCUCACCUGGCAAAGCACCUCCAAAGUCCUCCUCAACGGCGGCAACGGUGCCUUCACUUUCGGCCCGGGCUUCGCCAAUUCCACGGAGUGGUCUAUUCCCGCUAGCAAAACCUACGGCACCCUCACCAUUGGUAACAGCAACGAAACUCUCGAGAUUGAUUCCUCCAAGUCAAUGAUCUGGUACGACCACCAAAAGGGCGCCGGUGCACCCCAGAAAUGGACCUGGUUCCAGCUCCACUUCCCCAACUCUUCCACAAAAGCAAGUAUCUGGUCCUAUGACUUCGGUGCGCCGUCUUACCAGCUGUACCAAUUUGCUACGGCCCGCGUGGGCGAGGAAUCGCAGUACGUCCUGCCAUUCGACAUGGAGACACGGGGCUGCGGCGGUUGGACGUCCCCGAAAUCUAACAUCACGUACCCCCAGCACUGGGAAAUCACCUUUGAGAAUGGAGAUGUGCUUGACAUCAAGUCGAUUAGAGAGGACCAAGAGAUUUAUGGGUCCCAGCAGUUAAGCGACACUGUCUACGCUGGGUACGUUAAUGUUUCUGGAAAGUUUCUGGGGGAGGAGGUUGGGUUCGGGGUUGUGGAAAUGAUUCAGCUGUUUUAAGACGUUUUUUGCGCAUGAGCUGGAUCGCUUAUUGUAUACUUCAAUCCGAGAAAGGGGAGGUAGUUCUCGAGAGCCUUAGGGUGUUUUCUUCCG